AUGUUACAGGAUCUCAACGAAGCUGGUGUUGCUUUUUAUGAAGGCUGCCUAAUCGUACAAGUACAUGAUCACAAGACUGCCGCGCAGGCUAAGGAUGUUGCGCGUCCAGCCUCCAAAUCUACCUCCGAGAAGCCCUCCUCGAUUCAUAACUACAACCCUUAUAUAACGCCCUCUCCCUACGUCCCAUUUCCCAAGGACAGCGCCGAAAAUGGACUCCAAGAAGGCGACAUAAAGCCCGCGCAUAAUGACUCUAAUGAUAAGGAGAACAUGCCGGCUCCACCUGCUCCUACUGAUGGACAGAAAGCUAAGGCACAGACAGAAGUUAAGAUAUUUACGGUCGUUCUUCAUCCAACCCCGCAAAGUUUACACAUGGACUUGAUGAUUAAGGCCUGUACGCCACGUGGAUCUGGUGAUGCGAAGGCCGGUGGGGAUUCUAAUGGCAUACCGCCCACCCCAAUAUCUGCUGUACCUCCAACUCCAACUGCAACGAACAUGCCACCGCCGGCAAAGAAAGUGAAGCAAGAAAAGAUGGAAUUGGACGGGACUAAUAUAUACGCCGCUGAAGCACAAAUCCUACUCGCGACUUCGGCUCCGCUAAACUUAGAAGUGCCCAAAAAUAGAGAAGAUGCCGUCACACUUCUGCUCAAGCGCAUGGUUGAUCCGAAACACUCCGAGCCUCCGCCUGAGCCAAAGGCUCGGAAACGGACUGUAGCCGAAAGGGCUGCUGACGAGGCCUUAGCUGCAGAACAGGAGAAAUAUAUGCUUACAUUCGAUGAGCGCCGUUCCGCUAAUACCGGUGGUGCUCAGACUGGUGCUGAUGGUGCCGAUGGCGAUGGCCAAUCCGGUGCAGCCACUUUUGAGCCUCGCUUUGAGAGGUUCAAGGUACUCGCUGAUAUUAAGAGUGCGCACAAGGCAAAGAAAGAACAGGAGAAGAUUCAGCAGGCAGAAAAUGAGCGCAAGCUUCUAGCCCAGAAGCAGGAACAGGCCGCAUUACUACAACGGCAGCAAGCUGAACAAGAAAAAUCACGCCGCGAAGAAGCUCAGCGACAAGCGCAGAUACGACAGCAACAGCAACAGGAAGCACAGCGGCGUGCCAUAGCACAGCAGCAGGCCCAAGCUCAAGUUCAAGCACAAGCACAAGCACAGGUCGCACAAUCACCUCCGAACUCGCAAAUAAACCAAAUACCGCAAUCGUCUCACGGACACCCAGUGCAAAACGGGCUUGCCAAUAAUGUCAUGUCGGCUCAGGCUCCUCACAGAUUCCCACAGCAAGUCUCACAAGCGCCUGUCUCAUCUCCAGUCGUUCGCCAGAACACACCGCAGAACAUGUCGAGCCCUAUGGUUGGAAAUGCGCCGAUGCAACAGACUAACUCUGGUAUGGGUGCCAGUCCUCAAAGGCCGUCUUCUGUUGUACAGAGCCACGGGCCAAUGUCCGUUCCUAUGGCUGUUAGCAUGUCUGCGAGGGGUAGUCAACAAAGUCAUCCCUCGAAUACGCCUCGUAUGCCGAGCGCGACACCGCAAAUGUCACAUGGUACCCCGAUCAAUCGACCGAUGCCUACGCCCCGGAUGAGCCAAGCCAGUCCACCCCCGGGCAUGAUGGCCCAAAACUCACAUAUGGGUCAAAUGCUCAUGGGCAAUCAGAAUAUGGGCCAGCCUAUGCCUAACCAGAUGAUGGUGGCUCAGAUACAGCAGCAGCAGCGUCAAAGGAUUGCUCAACAGCAACAACUACAAGCUAUGCAGAAUGGAAUGAUGAACGGACAGACUCCACAAAUGCAUAAUCAAAUGUUGCAGAAUCAAUUUAUGCGCCAGCAGAUGAUAAACAUGAACAUGCAAAAUCCCAAUAUGCUAACCGCUACUCAGCAAGCACAGCUUCAAAGAUACCAGCAGCAGAUGAGCAACAUGCAGCAGCAGCAACAGCAUCCGCAAAUGCAAGGACAGAUGCCCAACCAGCAAAUGGGCAACCAGAACUUUAUGAAUGCUGGCAACGGUAUGAACCCCGCUCAGAUAGCUGCCAUGCAACAGAUGCAGCAGCACAUGCAACAACAGCAGCAGCAGCAACAACAACAACAAGGCCAACACCCAGGAAAUGGACCCAACCCUUUUACGGUGCAGAUACGGCAGAGGCAGCAGCAACUCUAUCGCGCUAACAUCGCACAGUUUGCUGAACGCUUUGGUGGCCCCCAGAACGUGCCGCCGGAUGUCCACGAUCAGUUCAAACAGAACUGCCUGAGGAGGGCCCAAGAGUCGUUGCAGCGUGAUAUUGCUCAGCGGCGGCAGCAGAUGGCCCAAAAUAUACAGAAUGGCAUGCAGAAUGGCAUGCAGAAUGGGAUGCCCAACGGGAUGCCCAACGGGAUGCCAAACGGAAUGCCAAAUGGGGUGCAAGGUGGUAUGCAAAACGGGAUGAAUGGGAUGAACGGAAUGAUGUAA